CGCGGAGCCGCAUGAACAAUAGGCAGCGGCGGCUCCUGCGGGCGGCGGCAGCCCCGCACCCUAUGGAUCGGCCGCUCCAUGGAGCCCUCCAGAGCGCUUCUCGGCUGCCUGGCGAGUGCCGCCGCUGCCGCCCCGCCGGGGGAGGACGGAGCGGGCGCCGGGGCCGAGGAGGAGGAGGAAGAGGAGGAGGAGGCGGCGGCGGCGGUCCCCGGAGAGCUGGGCUCCGACGCGCAGCUGCCCUACUGGACGGCGGUGUUCGAGUACGAGGCGGCUGGAGAGGACGAGCUGACCCUGCGGCUGGGCGACGUGGUGGAAGUGCUGUCCAAGGACUCGCAGGUGUCCGGCGACGAGGGCUGGUGGACCGGGCAGCUGAACCAGCGAGUGGGCAUCUUCCCCAGCAACUACGUGACCCCGCGCAGCGCCUUCUCCAGCCGCUGCCAGCCCGGCGGCGAGGACCCCAGUUGCUACCCGCCCAUUCAGUUGUUAGAGAUUGAUUUUGCGGAGCUAACCCUGGAAGAGAUUAUUGGCAUUGGGGGCUUUGGGAAGGUCUAUCGUGCUUUCUGGAUAGGGGAUGAGGUGGCCGUGAAAGCAGCUCGCCAUGACCCCGAUGAGGACAUCAGCCAGACCAUAGAGAAUGUUCGCCAAGAGGCCAAGCUCUUCGCCAUGCUGAAGCACCCCAACAUCAUUGCCCUCAGGGGGGUGUGUCUGAAGGAACCCAACCUCUGCUUGGUCAUGGAGUUUGCUCGUGGAGGGCCUCUGAAUAGAGUGUUAUCUGGGAAAAGGAUUCCCCCGGACAUCCUGGUGAACUGGGCUGUGCAGAUUGCCAGAGGGAUGAACUACUUACACGAUGAGGCCAUUGUCCCCAUCAUCCACCGUGACCUUAAGUCCAGCAACAUAUUGAUCCUCCAGAAGGUGGAGAAUGGAGACCUGAGCAACAAGAUUCUGAAGAUCACUGAUUUUGGCCUGGCUCGGGAAUGGCACCGAACCACCAAGAUGAGUGCGGCAGGGACGUAUGCUUGGAUGGCACCUGAGGUCAUUCGUGCCUCCAUGUUUUCCAAAGGCAGCGACGUGUGGAGCUAUGGGGUGCUGCUUUGGGAGCUGCUGACGGGCGAGGUGCCUUUCCGUGGCAUCGAUGGCUUAGCAGUAGCUUAUGGAGUGGCCAUGAACAAACUCGCCCUUCCUAUUCCUUCUACAUGCCCGGAACCUUUUGCCAAACUCAUGGAAGACUGCUGGAAUCCCGACCCCCACUCACGACCGUCUUUCACCAACAUCCUGGACCAGCUCACUACCAUAGAGGAGUCUGGUUUCUUUGAAAUGCCCAAGGACUCCUUCCACUGCCUGCAGGAUGACUGGAAACAUGAGAUUCAGGAGAUGUUUGACCAACUCAGGGCCAAAGAAAAGGAGCUUCGUACCUGGGAGGAGGAGCUGACUCGGGCUGCGCUCCAGCAGAAGAACCAGGAGGAACUGCUGCGGCGUCGGGAGCAGGAGCUGGCCGAGCGGGAGAUCGACAUCCUGGAACGGGAGCUUAACAUCAUCAUCCACCAGCUGUGCCAGGAGAAGCCCCGGGUGAAGAAACGCAAGGGCAAGUUCAGGAAGAGCCGGCUGAAGCUCAAGGAUGGCAAUCGCAUCAGCCUCCCCUCUGAUUUCCAGCACAAGUUCACGGUGCAGGCCUCCCCCACCAUGGAUAAAAGGAAGAGUCUUAUCAACAGCCGCUCCAGUCCUCCUGCAAGCCCCACCAUCAUCCCUCGCCUUCGCGCCAUCCAGUUGACACCAGGCGAAAGCAGCAAAACCUGGGGCAGGAGCUCGGUCAUCCCGAAGGAGGAGGCGGAGGAAGAGGAGAAGAGGGCCUCAAAGAAGAAGGGACGGACGUGGGGGCCAGGGACACUUGGUCAGAAGGAGCUUGCCUCGGGAGAUGAAGGCCUCAAGUCCCUGGUAGAUGGAUACAAACAGUGGUCCUCCAGUGCCCCCAACCUGGGGAAGGGCCCAAGGAGCAGCCCGGCCCUGCCUGGGUUCACCAGCCUUAUGGAGAUAGAGGAUGAGGACAGCGAAGGCCCAAGGAGUGGAGAGAGUCGUCUACAGCAUUCACCCAACCAGUCCUACCUCUGUAUCCCAUUUCCUCGCGGAGAGGAUGGGGAGGGCCCCUCCAGUGAUGGAGCCCACGAGGAGCCUACCCCAGUCAACUCAGCCACCAGUACCCCUCAGCUGACACCAACCAACAGCCUCAAGCGGGGCGGUCCUCACCACCGCCGCUGCGAGGUGGCUCUGCUUGGCUGCGGGGCUGUUCUCGCAGCCACAGGCCUAGGGUUUGACUUGCUGGAAGCUGGCAAGUGCCAGCUGCUUCCCCUGGAGGAGCCUGAGCCACCAGCCCGGGAGGAGAAGAAGAGGCGUGAGGGUCUUUUUCAGAGGGCCAGCCGUCCUCGUCGGAGUACCAGCCCCCCAUCCCGAAAGCUCUUCAAGAAGGAAGAGCCCAUGCUGUUGCUAGGAGACCCCUCCGCCUCCCUCACGCUGCUCUCUCUCUCCUCCAUCUCCGAGUGCAACUCCACCCGCUCGCUGCUGCGCUCCGACAGCGACGAGAUCGUGGUGUAUGAGAUGCCAGUCAGCCCAGUGGAGGCCCCGCCCUUGACCCUGUGCACCCACAACCCCCUGGUCAAUGUCCGAGUGGAGCGCUUCAAACGAGACCCGAACCAGUCUCUGACUCCCACCCAUGUCACGCUCACGGCCCCCACGCAGCCGAGUGGUCACCGGCGGACUCCUUCUGACGGGGCCCUCAAGCCGGCGGCUCUCCUGGCCAGCAGGAGCCCCUCCAGCAAUGGCCUGAGCCCCAGUCCUGGAGCAGGAAUGCUGAAAACCCCCAGUCCCAGCCGAGACCCAGGUGAAUUCCCUCGUCUCCCCGACCCCAACGUGGUCUUUCCCCCAACCCCAAGGCGCUGGAACACACAGCAGGACUCUACCUUGGAGAGACCCAAGACGCUGGAGUUUCUGCCUCGGCCUCGGCCUUCUGCCAACCGGCAACGCCUGGACCCUUGGUGGUUCGUGUCCCCCAGCCAUGCCCGCAGCACCUCCCCCGCCAACAGCUCCAGCACAGAGACGCCCAGCAACGUGGACUCCUGCUUCGCCAGCAGCAGCAGCACUGUGGAGGAGCGGCCCGGACUGCCGGCCCUGCUCCCGUUCCAGGCGGGGCCGCUGCCCCCCGCCGAGCGGACGCUUCUGGACUUGGAUGCAGAGGGGCAGAGCCAGGACAGCACCGUGCCGCUGUGCAGAGCCGAACUGAACACACACAGGCCCACUCCUUAUGAGAUCCAGCAAGAGUUCUGGUCUUAGCAUGGGAAGUGUUGGGGCGGGCAAGGGGGAAGUGGAAGGAGGUGGGGGGAGCUGGCUGGUACAGCCCUUUCUCAGAGUUGGACCCCCCUGAGAUCCAGCCCUACUUCUUGCACUGAUAAUGCACUUUGAAGAUGGAAGGGAUGGGAAGAGGGCCACUUCGGAGGGUCUCCUGCCCUGCAGGGCCCCUCUACUCCUGUCCACUAAGGGGAUUGUGGCCAUCAGCUCUGGCUGUGUAGGGGAGGGAGGGGUGCGUGCAUGUCCCCCACCCUCCAGUCUUCCUCGCCUUUCAGGUGACCCUGCAGAGUCACUCAGCCAAAUCUGUCUGCUGCUCCCUGUCCUACGCCAGUUGGGUAUGCCCAGAGCUAUCCUGGGUUCCUCUGUCAGCCCUGAGUUCAGCCUCCCAAUGUCAGUAUUGGAGGUUCUAGGAUUGGUUUUGCUCCUUCUCCAUUCUCCCCCAACACCCAUGAAUUGGAAUCUCAUUUGAUGUGAGAUCUGAGCUUUUCUGUGCCCUAAGCCCUCACAUGCCAGCUGGAAGACUGAAGGCAAGGUGGCCCGGGGUGGGGACAUAGGGUUCAUGGGCCUGGCACUACCUAUCUGCACUUACUCAUUUGAGCCCACAGGUGGAAAAGGGAACUGCCUCAGAGAGAACUGGUGGGCAGGGGGUGUUAGGAAAAAUACAGUCAUGUUGCAGUGAGGAGGGUGACAGAGUCUGUCCUUGUUCCUUUUGGAAACACUCAAAGAAGGGCAGAAACCAGCACCUGUUGAAGGUAUCCAUCUACCUACCUGGAGGCAGGACGUGGUUAGACCAGGUUCUGAUACAAACAUUUGCUCAUCCUAGGAAUAGUUUCUUAGGAGACUCACUCAUUGGUGCCAGUUCUGAAGUCAGAGAAAAAGUUCUGCUGUUUGUUCCUUUUCUUGUCCGAACUUUAUGUUAUUCCCUUCCCUGGGUCUUCCUUCCAGUCCCUGGACUCCGUGGGCUUUAGGGUAUGUGCUUGGUUAGUAUAUAUCUCUGCAACGCAUCAGACAGCACAUGGUGGUGGGUCGUGGACGCUGGGAGUUGGGGAUCCCUUGUCAGCCAGGCCAUGCAUUUUGUGAUGCCCUUGAAGUAAAACGGAGCCAUUGGUAGUAACUUCUGUAAAUGGAAGCGAUAAAGUGAUGCUGUUUUUAAGGUGCCCAGUGAGCCACUGAUGUACAUCAGCCUUCAGGUCCAAGCACUGGAAGGUGACCAGGUCCUCCUUUGUCUCUGUGCACAGGUAGCCUAGUGCUGGGUAGGAAGGACAACAGAGGCCAACCCUGACUUCCCUGGAAUCUGUUUCCUUAACUUGAAUGUUGAGCUACUUCUGCUUCUAAAGCUUUCUCAUGUACAUCUUCACUGCUCCAUUCCUCUGAGGCCUCCUGUGCGGUGUGUGAAGUUGUCUUUAUGUGGGAAUAACAACUCAACUGGAAGUAGAGUCCUUAGGUCAUGCUCCUCACCCCUCAAGACUCUAAAUGUUGCUUCGCUGUCUUUUAUCUUCGAAUAUUUCCCUGGUGACACUGAAGGUUGGUCUGCAGGUUCCUCGCGUUUGCUGCCUGGAUGCCGGAGUGGGGAGAGCGGUGCAGGCAGCACCAGUGGGGAAUUGGGUCACUGCUCUUCCUCUGUAACCAUGAUAGAAGUCCCGUCCUGGGGAUCACUAAAGAGUGACCUUGGUCUUCACAUUGUUCCUUGCUUUAGGAGCCCAUGAGCACUGUGGUUCGAGUCUUGGGUGGGGAGGCACUGCUGGUUAUGUUGUCCAGGGUUUUGUUAUUGUAUCUCAUCUCUCUUCUUCUCUUUGUCCAGCAAAGCCAAUAUGUAAGAGAUUAAUUUCGCCCCAUACCUCUACUCCUCAGUUAGGAGGGAAAAAAAUGUGACUCCUGUUAGCAGUUCCAGCCAACCAAGUGACUCCUCCUCAUUGUUGAUGGGGGGAAGAACACAGAAUAGUCUGUCCUGGGCCCUCCAUGGCCCCAUCCCCUAAGCCGUGAACACACCUGUCUAUCCUUGGUGCCACUAAAUGGUCCUCAUGUAGGGUGCAGCCUAUAGCGAAAUCUAAACCACGCUGGCUCUAGACAGUGCUCUGUGGUGUGAGGCAGGGAUUUUCCCUUUGUUCAUUUUUUUCUUUUUGCCAUUUUGUUAGGUUGCAGCCAUCUUUUUCGGAAAGGUGUCGAGUCACUGGUGUGGUGUAGUGUACACUGAAUGCAGCCAUCUGCCAUAUGAGUUCGAACCCAGUUCUUACUCAUCCAUCCAGGGGCAAGACAAGCGAAGGCUGGGUCUUUGCUAAGGAAAUAAUUGUCCCUGAAAAGCAAAAGCAGGGUUAUUCUGAAGGUACUGCUGUGGGCCCCGUGAAGAUGGAGGAGUUAUGUCUCCCAGCCCCUCCAAACCCGUGUCUGGGGGGCCCCUGCCUGCCUCACCCCCUCUGGGAGCAGGGUGGUGGUGGGCCGAGGGCCUGUGGAGUCGCAGGUCUGAGUGAGUGGCUUUCUGUCCACUGGGGUUCCCUCACCCUGUGGCACGGUGGGGAGCAGGCCCUGGGGCUGUGGACAGGGCACUGAUGCUGCAGUCGCCUGCUGUCCUUUCCCCUCCCUUCCCUUCCCUUCCCUCUGCUCUUGGCAGGUUUUCCCCAUGUGGAAGAUGUGAUAGGAGCAGAUACUGCUUUCUGCCCCCACCCCAGAGAUGCUUCAGCAACUACUGCUGAUUCGGAUUAUCCUCUGUCCACCCCCUUGGGGACCCAGCCUGCUGCCAGGAGGCUGAGUAGAUUUCUCAGUUAUCCUUAUGUUAUUUAAAGAGGCUUUGGUGGUACUCUUAGCUUGGCAUCCGCGGAAUCUGGUAGUAGUAAUAAUAACCAUUAUGAUGUCCUCCAUUUGGACAACUCAGAAGACCGCCGAGUUGUCCUCCUGACCUUUACAAAAUGACACCAUUUUCCUUUCAUAUUUAAUAUGCUUGCCAGUAGAAAGGGGGGGUGGUGCUUCAAGAUGAAGAUUCAAGUGCAGAGAGAUUAAAAAGCUAUUUGGACUAAUUGCUGAGUUGGGCUGCCAGGCUCUGAGACCUGAGCAAGUUGGUUCUGUUCCCCAUUCUGCUGUGACUGUGUGACCUUAGGGUUGUCUCUUAGCCUCUCUCCAAUUGCCUUCCUUUCAAAGCUAUCAUCACGUGCUUCCCAAGGGCAACGGGAAUGUGUACCACAGAAGGUCAGUGGAGCAUGGUGGCACCUUGCCAGCUCCUAGCGGAAGCUUCCUUCAUUGCUACAGGAUGACUUGCUGGAGCUGGCUAUGUUUCUCACUAUCUUAUGGUGAGGGAGCAUGCCUUUUAUUUCGUGCUUUGGCUUCGGGGAGAGGAGUGAUUUGGCAUUGGCUUAGCAUGACUCGUGCGGGCCAUGGUCAGGCACAUGCUCUUCUGCAACAUUUGUCCUCACUAUUUGGGUCUUACGGAGGAGGAAAUGCAGACGGGGAGGUUGGUGGCAGCAUCAGAAUGACAGUGUCUCUGAUUUCUUGGGGUCAUCCCCAGACUCUGAUUUGUUUAGAGCCUGGAAUUAGGCCAAUUCCUGGAAUAAUCUUUGGCAAAGGGUCCCCUUGCCCUUGGGACAUGUGUCACGGUGUAGGGUUCCUCACAAAGCCCCUUUGCCUCAGCCCACUGUUGCCCAGGGACACAAGGAGACACCCCUAGGACAUCUGGACCUGGCUUUUGGUUAUCACUCUUGUCUUCACAGUCCCCACAUUGGAGUCCCCUUCCCUCCUCCUUCCCCACGCCCAUGACGGAGACACCUCCUGAGUGUUCUUGCUCAUCUGGCUCACUUUUAACACAGCAAAGAGCGCUGCGUGGUUGUGGAUGGUUCACCUCAAGGUUGAAAUAUCUGUCCUGCAGGCUCCUCUGUGGCUGCAGACCCUUGACCUUUCACACGUGUUUGUUGAAGCCUGUGCCUUUGAGUCAGCCGUGUGAGGGCCGAACCAGGCAGGUCAGAAACACUCACUGGCUCGGGAAGGAUUUGGAGGAAGAAGCAGGUGCUGCCAUUUCUGUAGUUUCAGGCUUUUCCUGAGGGCUCUGCCAGAGACUGUCGACUUGGGUCGGAGGUGGGAGCCGGAGGUGGGAGUGGCCCUCGGCGCCCUGUAGUCGGAAGGAAACAUGGUGGCAGGAGCCUGGGGAGCUGAGUUUCCACUUCCUGGCCUUGUGAGUUGGCACAAAUCGUCCCCCCUCUCUGGACCUCAGAAACCCAGCUGGGAAUGUUGCUACCCACCUUCCCUACCUGAAACCCUUUUAACUUCAAAGUGUGUGGUCCUGGAGCCCCGGUCCCGCACUGAUAAGCCUCACCUUGCUAGAUCAUCGCCCUUUGUGAGGACAAGUGUGUGUGUAAAUAUAUGUAUGGGCGUAGGUCAGAAACACUCAGCUAUUUCAUAUGGUUUGACCUAACACACCACCUGCCUCUCUCCUUGGCUUCAGGUCUGAGAAUGGCUUCCCCCUGGGAAGGUACGGUCAUUGUUCCCAAAUGCCUCUCUUCUUUCAAACAGAUCGGUGUUUUCCUAGAUCAGGAAUUCAACUGAAUGAAAACCCAUAUAUGAAAAAAAAAAAACCAAACCCAAAAUCCUACUUCUGCUUCUGGAGAGGACCUCAGCCCCAGGCUUUUCCCUGGCAUUGCUUCCUGGGCGCUCACCACCCCAGGUGCUGGGGUUGGAAGGCAGGCUGUAGAAGCUGAAAUCCUGGCUGAUUAAGGCUGAUUAACAGGACCUAGGUACCUAAUUAGCCUGACCCAGUCCUGGACUUCUGGUUGGCUGUGCAGGCCAGGUGAGUCUCUCAUUGACUUCCUCUCUGUUGACUAUUUGUCAUGUGUCCUGGUGAGGUAUUGACAGCCAGGCCCUACCCCUUGGGUCGUCCAUUUCCGGUCUUGGGGCCUGGAAGCCGGGACAGUACCCUGGCCUCCCUGGGCUGCUCGGGGAGCCCUGGCACGUGCUCUUCAGAAUGUUAGACUCACUCCUUGAUCUGGAGCCGGUAGGACUCGUCCUUCCUGAUUUUUACUGCUGUGGUUCCCGUGUUCCCUGCAUCCCCUGCAGGAAGCCUGCUCUCGUACCUCUCUUUGUUAACCAUUGCAGACAGACCCUGCUGUCCCCGGACCUGUCUUCCCUCCUGGUGGUCUGACCUGGUCUCCCUGGCAAGAGCCCACCACCUGGUUUUACUAGACUGAUUGGCAGGUGUGGAUGUGACAACUAGAUAGGUGUCUUAGGAUGGCACAUUGGAAUACAAUUCCAGGGGUUCAAAGACAGGCCUUUCCUACGGGGACGUGUGGAGUGGUCAUCUGGGAAUGUUGAACUCAGAGGUCAGAAUGGUCGUAAGAGGAGUCCUGGUGAGUGACGGCCCCUCGGACAUGGUGUUGCUUGCUCUGCGCCCACUGAAGUCCAAGGCCAGCUUUCAGAAGUAACAUGUAGCCACGUUCCUGAAAUCCUUCAUGCCUAGCUAGACACCUGCCCAGACAGAACCGGGCUUUACUUGACAUUUUGAUACUGUAUUCAUCGUGGAUUUUUUUCAUUAAUUCUGAUUUUUAAAAAUAUUACAUUGAACUAUGAUUUUUCUUGAUGACUGAGUUUUUUGGUGCCCCCUCGAAUUUUGCAUCCAAGGCGAAUGCCUCACUCACCUCACCCUAGUCCCAGCCCUGCCGGCCCCUCACCUGGACCUGUGAAGGGGGCUUGGGUACCACUGUGAAGUCGGUCUUAUGUCUUUUUCUAAUUACCCUCCCCCUCCAGUCCUGAGUGUGGUGGCAGUUCUCUGAGAGCGUCUGCAUUUAAUAGGAGUGUGUCAGCUUAUAACAGUGAAACAUCUAGGAGCGUUUAACUUUGGAUCUGUAACUGGGGGUGACUUUUCCUUGGCUAUCUUUCAGGCCCUCUGCAACCCCAAGGCCACUUAUGGGUGUGUCUGUGUUCUGAGGGGGAGAGAAGUGAUAAUGGCAGAGAGGAUCCUUUAUUUUUAAAUAAAGGGGAUCCUUUUUAUUUUUAAAAUUUUUUCUCAGAAUGCCCCCACCCCCUAUUAGAUUCUCAUCUUAAACCUCUUUGGGACAUCUUUGAAUUCCAGGAGAAGUGAAUAAACUUCACUCAUUCUCUCUUCCAGCUAUCAGAAGGGACUGCCGUGAGUGGAGGUUUCUCACUCCCUUGCAUGCCAAGGGCAGCGUCCCCUGGCACUGUGCCUGCCCAGUGAGUCUUACAAUGUCACCCGUCACAUCUUCCACCAGUGUCGUUUCUGCUACCAUCGUUAUUCUCUGUUGUCUUUAUUUCAUUCUCAUCACUUGUCUCCACCUCCAGUUUUAGAAGCCGUGCUGGCUAGAGCUGCUUUCAUCGUCACUGUCAGAGUGGGGCAUGGAUGGAUCCUGGCCUAGGGUGGGGACUAAUAAAUUACAAGAAACCAUUAAAUUCCUUCCAUAUGGGGGUGCUGUCCUAGAGGUUUACACGCAGAAAUGUUUUGAUUCCUUACAACAAUCCUGGGAGGUGGGUGUUACCCCCGUUUUAGGAUGUGGAAGCCGAGGCUCAGAGCGUUCUGUAACUUUCCCAGGGUCACGCAGCUAGGAAGCAAGUUGCUGAUCUGCCUGGUUCCAAAGGCAUCUCUGUCCUCUGAGCGCAUUUCUAGGCCCCUGCUUAAAAGCCCUGGGGUAGAACUGGCCUAGCUCGGGUCCACCUGGGCUUUGAGAUUUGCCCGAGGAGGAGCUGUGUCCCCUGGCUUACCUGUCCUCAGCCUGUGUGACCGGACUGACCACCUCCCCACUGCUCAGCUGACCUGCUCUGUGCUGCUGGCUGCUUUCUGCUCACAGUCCCCCCUCCAUGACUCUUCAGGGAUUCUAGCACACAGGUUGUGCAUGUUAAUUCGGUAGUUCUUCUCCUAGCACCACGGAAGGCUCUGGGCCUCUCUCUCCUCUGUGUCCAGCCCCACCAUCCCCCCCGUUCUUGCUCUAUGUUCCAGCUUCACCCUACUUUUCUUCCAUUCUCUUGAGCUUGGAAGCCUUAUUGUAGCUCAUGCCUCCUCCUUGGGAACUUGAAAUUAGGGCUUUUGCCUUUUUGUCAUUGAGCCACAUGCCCUUGGUACCCAGUGGUAGCAAAGGAGGGAGAUGAUGGACUUGUUGACCUUCGUCUCCGCUUUCCCUCACUGCUCUUCCCCGCCAUUCACCUACAGGCACACCCCCUUCCCGAUAUAUUAGAGUCCAAGACUGUAUUUUUUAAAGCAUUAAGGAAAGAAGUUGGAGAGGGGUUUUACUUAGUUCACAGAAAAGCUUUCUUUGGAAUUUUCCUCCCCCUUAGGGCCCUUGAGUCUAGGUAAAGUGACAGUUCAUAUGUGUUCGUUUUGUUCCCCUAUAAUUAGCUACUAGUUUCCCCCCUAGUCCUCUGCUCCAGUGUCCUGUCCGUGUUUCCUGACCCUGUGUCAUUGAAUUCCCACGUUGCUUUGGGAUUUAAGUUAUUGUAUGUUGUCGACAAUAUUUAAAGAUGAAAAAGUCCUGAAGGAAACUCACCAGGUUCUUUCCUGUGGCUUUUGUUUUUUUUUUCUUUCGAGGUACUGUAAAUUGUUCACUAGGGGUGCCAAGCAGGCUUGGUUCAAUGGCUAAACCUCUCACCGUAUUACAGUGUAAUGCUGAUGUCAGCCUGGUCUCCACCAGAGUACACAGAGACUUGAAUAAAACCGUUAUAACGAUGA